AUGUCCAAGAUGGCGGCCGUGUCCCGGUCGCCACAGCGCCUGCGCGGGCUGGCGGCGCCUGCGCGGCUGCAGCAGAAGGACGGGUCCCUCGUAGUUGUCCACUUCUGGGCACCGUGGGCUCCCCAGUGUGCUCAGAUGAACGAGGUCAUGGCAGCACUGGCAAAGGAGCACGUGCAGGUGACGUUUGUGAAGUUGGAAGCUGAAGCUGUGCCUGAAGUAUCUGAAAAAUACGGAAUUAGUUCUGUUCCAACGUUCUUAUUCUUUAAGAAUUCCCAGAAAGUGGACAGGUUGGAUGGUGCCCAUGCUCCAGAGCUGACCAAAAAGGUGCAGCGCCACGCGGCCGGCGCUUCCCUCCCCCCUGCCUCCAGCGAGGGGGGGAAGGAAGAUCUGAAUUCGCGCCUGAAGAAGCUCAUCAACGCUGCACCCUGCAUGCUCUUCAUGAAGGGGUCCCCCAAGGAGCCCCGCUGCGGUUUCAGCAAACAAAUGGUGGAGAUAUUGAACAAACAUGGUAUUUCAUUUAGCAGUUUUGAUAUUUUUUCUGAUGAAGAAGUUCGUCAGGGGCUGAAAACAUACUCUAAUUGGCCAACUUACCCGCAGUUGUACGUAGCUGGAGAGCUGAUAGGUGGACUUGAUAUUAUCAAGGAGCUUGAGGCGUCUGGAGAACUGGACACGGUGUGUCCGAAGGCGCAGAAGUUGGAGGACAGGCUUAAAACCUUGAUAAACAAAGCUCCUGUGAUGCUUUUUAUGAAGGGAAGCAAACAGAUGGCAAAAUGUGGAUUCAGCAAGCAAAUUAUAGAAAUCAUAAAUAGUACUGGUGUUGAUUACGAGACAUUUGACAUACUGGAAGAUGAAGAGGUGCGGCAAGGAUUAAAAACCUACUCAAACUGGCCAACGUAUCCUCAGCUGUAUGUGAAAGGUGAACUCGUUGGAGGCCUGGAUAUUGUUAAGGAGCUAAGGGACAGUGGUGAAUUGUUGCCUGUUCUGAAGGGAGAAAAUUAAUGGAGAAGGACAUCAACGGGAACAGAAAUACCUGGAACAAUUACUCAUUUCUAGCUUACAUUGGAGCAAUACACGGCGUAGCCCCGUGGAGCCGAUCCGGGUCGAAUACAGGCUGUUCUGUGCUCUCUCUGUUUCACAAGACCCUGCUACGUACAAGAGUGGCUUCCCCUGAAGAUAUAAAAAUGUGAAGAUCUUCAAAUCCAAUUAAAAUAUAAUGCUAAAGAAC